ACAAAAGGUAAGUGAAUCUACUAAAACAUGCCAAAGAAAUCGAGUCUGCUGUUUAAAAAAACUAUUUGAUUUUUACGACAUAACUUCUAGAUUUACGCAUUUACAUAUUUUUUGUUAUGUACUGUAUAUACUACACAUGUAAAUACACCCAGUUGUAUAAUCAUAAUAGUUAUAGAGUCAUCCUUUUGCUCGUAGAAGUAGGAAUGUAGAAAUGUAUAUACGUAAUACUUAUUCAGGGUCUCACAAAGUAAAUCAUACUUUAAAGGUAUAUACGUAAUACUUAUUCAGGGUCUCACAAAGUAAAUCAUACUUUAAUAAAUGAAAAAAUCCUAGUCUGAAGCCAAAUAAUGAUGUUACAUAAAUAUCAAAGGGAAUAAUUUUAUAGACAACCCUUGUUUUCCAAAAAGAUUGUGUCAAUUAUGGAGUCACAUGCACGAAUUGGCGAACAAUUAUCCGCAUAUAAAAUCUAAUUUUCAAAUGAAACUUAGGAAAAAAUUCUAUAUAAUUAUUUUUUAUAAAAGGCAAAUUCUAUAUUGAGUUAAAAACAAACAUUUUAAAAGAAUGCCUCGAUCUAUAUUAUAUUGUCUCUAAGUGAGACAAGAAACCUUACAUUGAUAUGAAUAUAUACACAUCAAUGCACGCAUGUAUUAAAUUAUUUGAUAGAGAUAAUGAAAACUGAGAUAUCCAUACAAUACAUCGCUCUGUCCCUCUCUCUCUAAAAAACUUCAAUAUUUUCUCUCUUUUUGAAAUUAAAAGGUUAACCUUUACUUUUUCUUCUCCCCUCACUGUCGAUCGAUCUUGUCUUUCAGCUGAAUGUAAAUCUAAAAAUGGAAGACCACCAUACUCAGUACGGUAUACCGGAACUCCGGCAGCUCAUGAAAGGCGAAGGGAGGACGACUACGACGGCAUCACCGUCCACUUCUCAUUUUCCUUCUGAUCUUUUCGGCUUCAACCUGGCCCCGGCCGCGCCGCCGCCACCGCCUCAACACCACCGUCUACAUCAGUUCACUAUUAACCAGGAGAUGGGUUUCUUGCCACAUGGCAUACACGGGUUGGGUGGGGGUUCUUCGACGGCUGGAAAUAACAGUAACUUAAACAUGAGCACCAGUGGUGGAGGAGUUGGGUUUAGUGGGUUUCUCGACGGAGGAGGUCUCGGCGGAAGCGGAGGAACGGGACGGUGGCCGAGACAAGAAACCCUAACUCUGCUGGAGAUUAGAUCUCGUCUUGAUCAUAAGUUCAAAGAAGCUAAUCAAAAGGGACCUUUCUGGGAUGAAGUUUCUAGGAUUAUGUCUGAGGAAUAUGGAUACCAAAGGAGUGGGAAGAAAUGCAGAGAGAAGUUUGAGAAUCUUUACAAAUACUAUAAGAAGACUAAAGAAGGCAAAGCCGGAAGACAAGACGGUAAACACUAUAGAUUUUUCCGGCAGCUUGAGGCGCUCUACGGUGAUUCCAACAACUUGGUUUCUUUUCCCAAUCAUAACACACAGUUCAUGAGCCAUGCUCUUGGUUUCCACACUCAAAACGCUAUGAACAUUACUGCAACAACGUCUAACAUUCAUGACGUUGAUAGUGCUCAUGGUCUUUUACAUCAUCAAAGCCUAAGUAUUUCUAACAACUACAACUCCUCCGAGCUGGAACUGAUGACUUCGUCUUCUGAAGGGAAUGAUUCUGAUAGUAGAAGGAAAAAGAGGAGUUGGAAAGCUAAGAUCAAGGAGUUCAUUGAUGUGAACAUGAAGAGGUUGAUAGAGAGACAAGAUAUUUGGCUCGAGAAGCUGACAAAGGUUAUCGAAGACAAAGAGGAACAAAGGAUGAUGAAAGAAGAGGAAUGGAGAAAGAGUGAAGCUGCGAGGGUUGAGCAAGUGCAUUUGUUUUGGGCUAAAGAGAGGGAGAGGAUGGAAGCUAGGGAUGUGGCGGUUCUUGAGGCAUUGCAGUACUUGGCCGGAAAGACGUUGAUAAAACCGUCAUGUUCGUCCCCGGAAGAGAGGAUUAAUGGUAAUAAUGAGAUCCAAAACAAUAGUGAGAAUGUUUCUGUUGAAGGAAGUGGUAGCUGCUGGAAUGAGCAAGAGAUCAUAAAGCUUAUGGAGAUAAGAACUAACAUGGACACGGCGUUUCAAGAGAUAUUGGGAGAAUGCUCCGAUGAAUUUCUAUGGGAGGAAGUCUCAGCGAAAUUGAUUCAGUUAGGGUUUGAUCACAAAAGUGCCUUAUCGUGCAAGGAAAAGUGGGAAUGUAUAAGCAAUGGAAUGAGGAAAGAAAAGAAGCAAAUCAGCAAGAAAAGGAAGGACAAUUCGUCGAGCUGCGGCGUGUACUAUCCAAGAACCGAGGAAAAUGCGAUCUACAACAAUCAAGAAAGUGGAUAUGAUGAUAAUGAUCAGCAUCAUCAGAUGAAUGAACAAGACAAUGUAGUUUCUUCAACAUCAAACGCAGCUGCUGGAGAUUUGAGAGGCGCAAUGGCUGCUAGUACAAACUGCUUCCCGUUCGUCAUGGGGGAUGGAGAUCAGAAUUUGUGGGAGAGUUAUAGUUUGAGGCUAAGUAAAGGAGAGAAUCAGUGAGUGUAUUUUCGAUGGAAUUAUGUUUAAAAAUCUUAAUAUUAGGGCAGAAGGAUUUAUGAUGCCUUUUCUUUUUAGUUUAGUUUGGUUACGGCCGGUAUCUUCAAGACUAGCAAGGAUAUUUAGAAAAAAAUUUAAAUCAAACUUGUUUAUCCCUUUUCUAUUGGGGUUGGAUCAACUUUGCUGCCAUGGUCUGGUUCAUAUCAUUUAACUGAUCGUUGUAACUUGGUUGAACUUUGGUCUAGCCUAGCGUACUUAAUCUAAUUAAUGUAUAUAUAUAAAUUGAGAAAAGAAAACAUACUUUGAAGGUAGAGAUGUACGUUUGGGGUAACCCUAGAGAGAAAGAGAUAGAUCAGUUAUGAAGAUGGAGACAGCAGGGAGGAAUAGUGGUGAAGUAAGCUCUGGUCGAUUCAGUGUGUUGAUGGUCAGAGAGAAAGUAACCAUUUGCCUUUAUCUCUCUCCAUGAUCUCACUCUUAUCCUUUUGGCCCUAUUCCCUAUAGAGGACAGUGAGACACGAGCACGAGUCAAUACAAUCCUUGGUACGUACACAUUAUUGACAAUGUUGAUUAAUUCUGAAUUGUCUCUAUUCUCAUUUAAAUGCUUGUUCAGUUUAUGGGUUCCACACAAGACCAUUCCUACUACUAGAUUUGAUAAUUCUUCUUGUCAAACUUUAUUAAAUGUUUAAUUUGGAUAUAGAUGUUGACACUUGAAUAGGGAAAACAUCGUAGUUAUUUUGUGUCAUUAAUGCUGCAUGUGUCACAUAUAUCUUGUGGCAAUGUAGAGAAUACGUCACGCAACCGUGUUCAGAAGUUCAAUGUGUACUAAUUCUUUAAAACAACCCAUAGAUUACAACCACUUAAAAAUUAUGCUUUAUGGCUGAGACUUAACCACCUUGAAUGAAUGAAUGUUUGUUCUGUUCAAAAAAAAAAAACUGGAGUAUUGGUAUAGUCUUUUAAAAGUUUUGGCCUAAAAUACGGAAAGUAACAAAAAGUGGGAUUGUAGACUUGUAGUUAAUAAGACGAAGUAGACUUCUCGUAACAUUAUCCAUCACUAAACAAUUAAAACUGUUCUCAUGACCCUAUUUUACGUUCAGUCAGUCUGCUCUGCCAUUGUCUCUCUAUUAUGUCUACCCUACGACUAGACACAUCAUCACCUCAUUAUAUGAUCUUUUUUUAUGUCUCACUCAUUAAUUUAACACAAAAAAUCCACUUAUUAGACUUUCAUAUUUUGUCUUUAUUUAAUUAGUACAAACAAAUAUACUUUUCUGGUUAAGAAUAUACAAGGGAUAUACUAAAAAGAAAAAGAGAAAAACGUUAUAAUUAAUUUGUGAAAGUAAACUUCAGACAUGUAUCUAUAGAACGAGGAGCUAUGAAACAUAUGUUAAACAAGGGUAAAACCAAAAUUAAGAAACAUUCCGAGGGUAAAUACGCAAAAGAAGAGCAAUAAGAGGGUGAAGCCAUAAAUAUGGAACAACCAAAUAGCAAAAUCAUAAUUAUGAAACAAACUGAGGGCAGUAGCAGCAUAGACAUGAAACAGUCAAAGGGUAAACUAGUAGUAUAAAAUAGACAGAGGGUAAAACCAUAAAUAUAAACUAGAGAGUAUUUACAGAAGAGAUAUAAAAAAGUCUACGGAAAAAUGUCGGUCAAUGACGGAGAUUUAUGGCGGGUUCUGGAUUUAACCGAGAAAAAUAUUUGAUUUUUAACAUUAAAAAUUUUCUAAAAUUAUAUAAGGCUGCAUGAUCGUCAAAUUCUUAAAAAAAAAUAUUAAAAGUAAUUUAAAAAUGUUUAUGUCUUUCUAGAUCUUAGAUUUAUAUAAAAAAAAGUUUUACCUGAAGCUGUUUUUUGGUAGAGAGUUUCCUCGAAGAGGAUGAUACCACUGAUGAAUUGGAGAGCUCCGGGAGUGGUGAACUAGAGCUCACGGAGAGCACGUCUGUUUGGUUCAACGUUCUCGACGUUAAUGCUUGCGAAACGUUUUCUUAUUGUCCAUGUAGAUUCAUCCGCGGCGAGAAUGCCUUUCCCUGGAGUACCGAUGUAAGCGGCAUUGGCAAUAAGCUCAUCUGUUGAGAUCAGACAAAAUUUGAUCUAGAGAUAGAACAGUAAUCUAUAAUAGCAAUCGUAAGAAGUAAAAUGCGAGAGGAUCAAUGAGUCGGAGGGUUCGUUGUUAAGGUUGUAGUAAAAAUUGACCUGUGAAUUUGGAUUUGAAACACGACAUUGUGUACAAAAGAGGUGGCGGCAACGGAGAAGAUAGAUCGGUUUGAAUCUGAGGAGAAUGGGCCUUUGGGCUUUAUAUAGCAAAAGGCAGCCAUGGAGGAGAAUAAUCCGAGGGAAUGAGAGUCUUAUGAGAGGCCCGUGUCAUUUCGAAUAUAUACCAUGUCAUAUGCAUCGUGUCAAAGUUGGAGGGCUUAACCUUUAGGGCUAUUGUUAGUCUUUAUAAUAUGGCUCGCUAAAUCCAGUUACAUGUAAACAAGAGCCCAAAUAUGAUGAAGAAUUAAAAAAUAUGAAAUGUUGACAGUGGGAUUUGAACCACGCCCUUUCGGACCAGAACCUUAAUCUGGCGCCUUAGACCAACUCGGCCAUAUCAACCUUUUACUUGGGGUAGACGACAGCA